AUGGAGAAUACUUGGGCGCUGAACUGGCCCUUGCUGCAUUGCAAACAAUUUGUCUUCCUUGGGGCACCAGGCAGUGUUGAAAGGGCAGACCAGUUUGACAAUAAUCUCUACAUGCCAUAUCCAAAGGUCAAGACUGAAGAAGAAGGUUGCCAAUGGUUUUUAAAGCAAGUUGAGGGUUGCCAAAUCAGAUCUUCCAUUGGUGGUGCCAACUCUUCAGAUUGCAGCUUUGACCCAGAGAGGUUUUUGA